GAUGAUGAUAAUGAUCAGCCUCCUGUACCCAUAUGGUCAGCGUACAACUCUUUGGUAAAUGAAGCACUACCUGUCACACGUGUCGGUGCUCCUCCAUUGUUGGCACAUCCUGCUCAUGAAUGGAGCACGCUCCUCACAGUUCUGAUGCGUGCUCAAAAUAUCUCUGUUAGAGUAGUCGGUCCCGGGAGGAAAACAGUCAUAUCGCUAGACCUUGGUUUGUAUCUGCCCGCUAAACGACUACAGAUGGCCCGAUGCGAGCUCAAGAACAUUCUCCUUCGACCAGGGGAGCUGCAUGUGGUUAUGGCUAUGCUGAGGACCAUUGGGUCAUAUAUUGACAGUAGCGGGAUAGACAUGUGCUGGAUCGAGUCGGAACUUUAUGGCCCCUCCACUAUUAAACAGAUAAUCGAUGGCAAGCAUGUUAAGCGUGGUAAAAGAGCACACAUGAUCACCUUACAGGCUUUAUUUUCCUUAUACCUGGAAGCAUUUCUAGAAGGCUCUCCUGAUGUGCGUCGUACCCUCGAGGAACUCUCUACGAAAGUUGGAGAUGCGUGCAAAGAAGGCACUAAGGAGAACAUCCAGACGGCGCACCAUAGCUCUACCAACGCGAUCCAGUCUUCUGAAGUAGUCAAGAAGAUGUCUGAUUUUGACGCUGCGAAUGCCACAAAUCCUCUCUUUACUGUAUUUCGCCGAUACAUGCGCAUGGUAAUGGAGAUGUUCGCAUUCAUCCAGGCAGUCCGCAGUGGUGAUUGGAAGCUCCAUCUAAUUGCACUCGAGUUGUUCACAAAGUACUUCUUUGUGCACGACAAGAUCUGUUAUCUAAGGAUGAUCCCCCUGUACCUAGCUGAAAUGGCAUCCCUCGAAUCAUCAGACCCCGAGAUCUAUGGAGAGUUCAUCACAGGAAACUGGGUAGUGAACAAGAACAAGGAGGUUCCCUUCUGUGCUGUUGGUGGUGAUACUGCGUUGGAACACCUCAAUCGAUCUAUGAAAGUUUCUGGUGGGCUUGUAGGGAUCACUUUGAAUGAGAGCGCACGAGCCAAGUUUUUCCUCAUUGCCCCAGAACUAGCCCGACUCACAGCGGAAGCCAAGGCAAUGGCUGGUCUCGUUUCGGAACGUGCACACCAUCAAGAACUAAACUCAGCUGUUUUGACGCACGAAGAUAACAGCAUCAAUAAGUUGACCGAGACAACCAAGACCUUCACCAAUCCCUUUUCAUCAGACCAGAACACCAACACCGAUCUGUACAACUUGGUCACAAAAGUUGUGAUGAAUGAGAAAACGAAGAAAGACCUUGUUAAUCAGAGUGAAGAAGGGAGAAAGCUAUUCAGUGCUUUUGUACAAGAUAGGAUCAAGACAGGAAAGAUCAACCUCUGGGCUCCUGUAAAGAAGCGCAAUCUUCUUACCUGGAAAACGAGUGCUAAGGUCAUCAAAGUCAAAGCUAAAGACACGAUCAUCGAGUUAAAGGAGGACAGAAAUCUGUUUGCUCGUUUGGCGAUGGUGUGCAAGAGCCGCCCAGAAAUUGACAUCCAAGAGGCUGUUGGCUUAUAUGAGUUCACUGUUGUCCCAAGAUCUUUGUUUGCACGAGAUGGUACCAUGUUGCAUUGUUCUUGCAAGAGUGCCCUUAUGCAUAUCCUAGAGAAGGCAGGUGGCCCUAGUACUAAUACACAAGAAAUCACCGCAGGAUUCAAAGUCGCGAUUGUUGAUGGAAUGGCCGAAGUCCAAUCACUUGACAAGCCAGAGUGGAUCAAGAACUGUAGAGACUUGGCUGAACAUUUCACGAAUCGCUUGCUUGUAAAGUAUAAUGAUUAACAAGAGCUCCACAUAAUCUUCGACAGAUAUGAUGUACCAUCCUCACUGAAAUCAGCAACACGAGUCAAACGACAAGGUGGCCAUGUUCCCAUUUAUUAUCGCAUCACUGAUUCUACCCACAUCGCCAAGCUGCCGAUGAAGAAGCUUCUUGCUCAUUCAAAGACCAAGGGCGAACUUACGACGUUUCUCGCAAAGAAUGUGAAGGAUAAUGCUAAUGGGAGACAAGUCGUUGUGGCAUGGGGAACGGAAUGUGAGGUAACGCACAGAGACGUCAGGCAUUUACGAAGUACACAAGAAGAAGCCGACACGAAGAUUAUUUUACAUGCUCUGGAUGCCUCUGUUCAAGGUGCUACCCAACUCUCUAUAUAUUCUCCUGACACUGAUGUCCUUGUUUUGGCUCUCCGACGGUAUCCAGAUUUGUGCUCGCACUCUUGCUUUGUUACUGGGACCGGCAGUAGUCGUAGAGUUAUCAACUUGAAGUCAAUCGCAGACGCCCUUGGGCCCACUAAGACGGCUGCGCUGCCAGCAUUUCAUGCGUUGACCGGAGCAGAUAUUACUGGGAGUUUCUCUGGAAAGGGAAAAGCCACUUGUUGGGAUGAGUUUGAUAACGCCAGCACUCCUAUCUUGCAAGCUCUUGCUAACCUCGGUUGUGGGGAACAGCCAGAUGACGGCACAAGAAGUGGAGUGGAACAGCUGGUUUGUCGGAUGUCCAAACCAAAGACAGACAUCAAAACUGUCAAAGCCCUCAGAUGGUCCCUCUUUAAGAAAAAUCAAGCUGAGUCUGAGAGGUUGCCGCCCACACAAGGUGCUCUCCAUCAAGCCAUACUGAGAGCGCACUACCAGCUUCUUGUUUGGAAUAACGAUCAUGUAGCAAACCCGGUGUUGCCCUCACCAGAAGGCUAUGGAUGGCAAGAUGAAGAUGGAAAGUGGGUACCAGUCAUGACAAAUCUUCCACCAGCUCCAGAGGCAAUUAUACAGCUUGUCCGAUGCAAGUGCGCCAAGUCCCGUUGCUCUAACAACCGUUGUCAGUGUCAAAAAGCCGGAAUUGUGUGUACUGAUCUCUGUCUG